AUGUGGAGCAGCACCUUCGCCGGGCUCCCCGCCGGCGCCAACGCGCCCCUGCUGGUGGUCACGGGCUUCGUCUGCAGCACCGCGGACGGCCGCCCCACCACGCUGAAGCGGAGCGGCUCGGACUACUCCGCCACCAUCUUCGCCAAGGUCCUGGGCUCGGCCUCCGUGACCUUCUGGAAGAACGUGAGCGGCGUGUACACCGCGGACCCCCGCCGGGUGCCCAGCGCCUUCUCGAUCCCGCGACUGACCUUCGACGAGGCCAUGGAGCUGGCCUACUUCGGAGGCCAGGUGCUGCACCCCUCGGCCAUGGUGCCCUGCAUCGAGAAGAGGAUCCCGGUCCUCGUCAAGAACGUGUUCGAUCCGUCGCACCCCGGCACCAGGGUCUACGGCCGAGGGGACGCCCGGAACAAGUGGGAGGAUCAGGAGGACGACGUGUCCAUGAAGGACUUCCCGGUGAAGGCGAUCACGUCCAUCGAGAAGGUGUCGUUGGUGACCAUCUCGGGCGCCUCGUUUCUGGGUACCAUGGGCGUAGCGCGCCGGAUGAUGCAGGCUCUGGAGAUGGCUGGCGCCAACGUGAUCCUUGCCUCUCAGGGCUCCUCCGAGCACUCCAUCACCGUGGCGGUCGAUUCAGGCGACCAGGAUCGUGCGGUGGAGGGCUUGAAGGAGGCUUUCGCCAUGGAGCUCGCGACGGACUCCGAGAUCAGGGUGGCCCCGAAGCCAGACUGCAGCAUAGUGGCGAUCAUCGGUGAGGGCAUGAAGGAGCGCGCUGGCAUAUCGUCUCGCUUCUUCAGCUCGCUGGGACGAGCUCGGGUAAACGUGAUCGCCAUUGCGCAGGGCGCCUCCGAGCGAAACAUCUCGGUGGUAGUGCCCCAGAAGGACCUCUCGCGCGCGCUACGGGCCGCCCACGAGGGCUUCACGCUGUCCGACAUGAAGAUGUCGGUCGGGAUCCUGGGCACGGGCAUGGUGGGCUCGGAGGUCAUGAAGCAGCUCGCCCAGUGGGAGGCAUCGCACGGGCGGCGGCAGGAGCUCCCGGCCAUGAUGCAGGCGAAGAGCCUCGAGGUCGAGGUGCGCAUGGUCGCGGACACGAGGCGGAUGGUGCUGGCCGAGCACGGGCUCCCGCUGCGGGGGCUCGUCGAGGAGGAGGGGGGCACGCUCUGGCGGAUCUCUGCGUGGGAGGAGAAGGUCGCGGACUUGGGGGAGGACUUCCGGGUGGUGCCGACUGACAUGGGCGUUCUCGAGGACUUCCUUGACACCGACCGUAUACCCCACAAGGUGAUCAUCGAUUGUACUCCCUCGGGGGAGAUUGCUAAGAACUACCCCGGGUGGCUGCGCAAGGGGAUCCACGUCAUCUCCACCAGCCAGCGCGCCGGCUCCGGGCCGCUCGAAGGGUGGGCCGAAAUCCUGGAGGCGACGCGCUCCGGCGGGCGGUGGUGCUACGAGACGACCGUCGGGGCACAGGUGCCCAUCAUCGCCACCAUCCAGGACCUCGUGCAGACUGGCGACGACGUGAAGCUGGUCGAGGGCGUGCUCUCGGGCACCGUGGGCUUCAUCCUCAACGCCAUGUGCGAAGACCCGAGCAAGACCAUGGGGGAGGCCCUGUCUGAGGCGGCCGCCCGCGGCCUCACCGAGCCCGACCCGCGCGACGACCUCUCGGGCCUGGACGCGGCCCGCAAGGCGGUGAUCAUCGCGCGCGAGCUCGGCCUGCAGCUCGACCUCUCGGACGUGGCGACCGAGUCGCUCCUGCCCGAGGGCGCCUGCCCCGAGGACGCCGCGGGGCUCGCGGCGCUGCUGGACGGCACCCAGGACCGGAUCAGCGAGUCCGGGCCCUCGUGA